AUGUCAUUUUCUUGGUAUUUGGAAAAGUUUCCUAAACUAGAAGAUAAAUUGCGUUAUGCAGCUUCUAUUAAAAUAGAUAAUAAUGAAAAACGAAAAGGACAUUUUUUUGCAUACGAUGAAGCUCUGGAGACUUUUAAAGUGAAAUUCAUAAAACAAAAUAUAACAGGAAACGUAGUUAAUAUGGAAAAUUUAAAAAUGCAAAUAAAAUUAGUACAAACGGAACGUGAUAGAAUUGAAAUCUUAUUAUCUGAAUACCUCAAUGAUCCAACAGCAUCUACCAGAAAUCAUGCAAUAAAUCAAAGAUAUGAUACAAUGUGGAAUUUAGUCAAAAUUCUCCUCCAAGAAUUUGACCAAACAAAUGAAUCAUUUUUAAAUAAACUCAAAGAAGCAAAAAGAAAUAAAAAAACAAUAGAACAUUCACAAACUAUGGAAUCACGAUCACAGCCUCAAGAAGAAUCUUCUGAUCAACGUGACAUUAUAAUGCAAGAACAACAAGAAAAUGAAACAGGUAAUAAACGUAAGCAAAAAGCUAAAAGGAUUUCUAGUUUAGAAGAAGAAACUCUUUUAGAACCUUUAAUUCUGAGUCAGAGUAAACCUACGAACGAAGAAAUGAGAGAAAAAUUAAAUACCUUAUCAGAUGAAUGGGAUUUAAGUUGA